AUGGCCGAGCCAGACGACGGCUCGACCACCGCCGCACUCGACACCCUCGCGGCCCUCUUUCCCGAGCGCGACCGCACCGACCUCGCCUCCUACCUCUCGUCGUCGCGCGGCAACCUCGACCGCGCCUUUCGCGCCAUCGAGGCCCGCCAGAGCAUCGUCCACGGCUCGAACGGCCCGGCCAAGCGCAAGAGGACGACGGCGCGAGGGCUCGACGCGUGGCUCCGGCCUGCCGCGGGCGAGAGGGACGGCGGCGAGAUGCUCGUCCUGUCCGACUCGGACGACGGCGACGACGACGCGCGAGAGGGGGACCACGCGCGGGUCAAGCCGCGCCGCAAGGAGCCGACCAAGUCGGCAUUCGACGUCUUACGCUCUGCGCCCGUGCCCUCGGCGUCCAGCACCACGCCCUCCUCCACCACCUCGACCGCGACCUCGAGCGCUCCGCCAGCCUACAUCUCGCUCCCGCCGCUCGUCCUCCCGACGCCGGCCCUCGUCGCGCACCACACGAACGGGCUCGUCACGCUCGUCGAGGACGCGCUCCCGCCCGAGCUCGCUGCGAGGCUGUUUGCGAGGGCGGUGGGCGACAGUCGGGGAGAGGGCCUGGGCGGCGAGGGACCUUGGACCAAGAACAAGUGGUUCCUCGUCGACCGCGAGGUCGAAAGCCCACACACGUCGUGCUUCUUCCGCGAGGUGCCCGAAAAGCUCGCCGCCUCGUCGGGGUAUGACCCGGCUGCGUUUGACGAGUCGGCGCAGUACUGGUACAACGGCGCGCACCGCGGCGCGCGCGCCUUCACGCCCGAGAUGGACGAGGCGCGUCAGCUCGUCGGCGAGUUUGUCCGGGUCCUCCUCGACGGUCGGCAAGGGCGGCGGCACGAGCUCGAGUGGGACGGAGAGUGGCGGCCCAACGUCGCUGUCGCCAACUGCUACCGCGGCGCGAAAGAAUCGGUCGGCUUUCACUCGGACGUCCUGCAGUACCUCGGGCCCUACCCGACCAUCGCCUCGCUCACGCUCGGCGUCACGCGCACGUUCCGCCUGCGGCCCUUCCUCCCCUCGUCCCCCUCGUCACCCGGCGCCCCGCCGCGCGAGGUCCGCACGCUCGACAUCCCGCUGCGGCACAACUCGCUCCUCGUCAUGCAUGCCGGGUGCCAGGAGCGGUUCAAGCAUGCCGUGCCGCCCGUGAGAGGCGGGAUGGACCUGUUCCGGGUGCCGAGGGCGGCGAUGGCGGGCUUGAGCGAGAAGGACAGGAGGGAGGUCGAGGGCAAGGGGUUCAGGGAGCGGAUCAAUCUCACGUUCCGCCACUACCGCCCCGACUACGCGCCUCUCUCGUCCGCCUCGCCGCCAGGCUACACCGGCACCCCCAAGUGCGCGUGCGGCGUCCCGUGCACGCUGCGCCCCGACGGGCGCGGCCGCGCGCGUGCUGCCCGCCAGCCACAGCAGGCCGCCGCCGCCGCCGACGACGACGACAUGAUGUUCUUCUGGGUGUGCAACGCGGGCGCGCAGAACGAGGGACGCGGGUGCAAGUUCUGGAGGGAGCUCGACGUGCGGCGCGAGGCGAGGGGGAGGUGGUUCCCUGGACGAGGGGCGGCGGCGGGCUCUGAGCCGGGCGAGCAGGAGCGGAAAGAAGAUGGGAACAUGGCGAGCUCGUAGCUGAGCUGCAAGGAGUUGAGGCGGGCACGUU